AUGGUACCAUUGACACUCGUAUUUUUCGUGCUGUUAGCGACGCGUAAGGAUCGAAAUUACGCUCUCGAUCUUUCCUUGCCAUCUCCGAAGGCCUCAUCGAAGUCAGCGGUGAACAGAGGAACCAUGAACGAUAUCGUCUCGAAAAACAUCACUAUGGUCCUCGAGAAUCUCCUGAUGAAUUACGAAAACAACCAGCUGCCCACCCAUGGAAAGGGGGCACCGACAGUGGUGAAAACGAACAUCUUAAUAAGAAGCAUGGGUCCUGUGUCCGAACUCGAUAUGGAUUAUUCAAUGGACUGUUACUUCCGGCAGUCGUGGAGGGAUUCUCGUUUGAGCUUCCUGGGACCAAUAAAAUCGCUCAGUUUGAGCAUCAAGAUGCUGGAAAGAAUAUGGAGACCUGAUACAUAUAUUUAUAAUGGAAAACACAGUUACGUGCAUACCAUCACUGUGCCCAACAAAUUGUUGAGAAUUUCGCAGGACGGAGAUAUCCUUUAUUCCAUGAGGCUCACUAUAAAAGCAAAGUGUCCAAUGGAGUUAAGGAAUUUUCCUAUGGACCGACAGUCUUGUCCACUUAUUCUUGGAAGUUAUGCAUACACUUCUGGUCAACUAGUCUACGAGUGGCAGGAAGGGUCCUCCGUGAAUUUCGUCCCUGGAAUGGCCCUCUCGCAAUUCGAUCUAAUGGGUUCACCGUAUCGGAAUUUAACUUAUUUUCGUCGAGAGGGUGAAUUCUCGGUUCUCCAAGUUUCCUUCAACUUACAACGGAACACUGGUUACUUCCUUAUCCAAGUUUACGUGCCCUGUGUCUUAAUAGUGGUGCUCAGUUGGGUGUCUUUUUGGAUUCAUCGCGAGGCUACCAGCGAUCGAGUCGGUUUAGGUAUCACUACAGUUUUGACACUGUCAACUAUUAGCCUUGAUUCGAGAACCGAUUUACCGAAAGUCAGGUACGCCACAGCCCUUGAUUGGUUUUUGUUAAUGAGUUUUGGAUACUGCAUCGCUACCCUCUUAGAGUUUGCUGGUGUCCAUUACUUUACAAAGGUCGGUAGCGGAGAAAUUCCUUUGGAUGAAGACGAAUGGGAGGACCAAAGCGAAGCCAAUUAUCAAGACGCAUUCUGCAAUAUUGUGUCCUGUAGCCCGCAAACUGUCCAUCCAGAGACUAUAAUCGAUGUUCCUCGAAGAAGGAGCUCUUUAUUAUGCGAUGUUUACGACGUGAACGAAUCAGUCGCAUAUGGAAGAGGAUCAAUGUCAGUUUCCGUUACGUCAAAACCGUCCACAAUGGAAAGACAGACACAGACGGAAGUGUGGAUACCAAAAUGGCGGCAGUUUCUUUAUUGUCUCGCUGGCGACGAGGCAUUCAGGAGACGUAGACAGAGGGAAGCUGCUGGAAAUUGCAAAAAACGGGGUGAAAAAAUUGCCAGGCAUAUAAAUAGUGUCUCCCAAAUCGACAAAGUAGCGAGGAUAGUAUUUCCAGCGUCUUUCGGACUGCUGAAUGUUUGUUAUUGGGUGAUUUAUGUCUCGUAUCAAGAAGAAUUCAAGUGGCAGGAUCCACCGAUCGGCUCGAUUUCACAAUAA